AUGGCUCAGAUUCAUAACCUUGAGAUAGAAUGUAAAGCAAGGUCUUGUGAAGAGAAGUUAUAUGUUGUUCUGAUUCGUGAUGUACACAUGCUUCCAAAAUAUGUUCCUCAAUUGAUUCAUAGUAUCCAAGUUCUCCCCGGAGACCGUGAAGUUCAUGUGGGAACUGUAUUAGUUUCCGAGUAUGUACAGGAGAAGAUAACUGCAGUGGACCAUAAAAACAUGUCAGUAACUAGCUCAAUUUUAGAAGGAGAUCUCAAAAAUGAUUAUACGAGUAUUGGUUACACACUUACAAUAACUCCAUUGCAGAGGGAUGGGAACUAUAAUUUCCUUGUGAGGUGGUCUGUAUAUUAUGAGAAAGCGAAUGAAGAUGUCCCUGAUCCAACAUACUUUAUGAAAUUGCUGGAAGAUUUAACCAAAGAAUUGGAUACCAAUUUGCUCAAGGAAGAGUAG